AUGAUUCGUCGUACUUGCGCCAUCUCACGUCUCUUUAACUCCACCUUCGCCCCGCCUCUCUCUGUCUGGCAUUUACGACUCUUUUUCGCAAUUCUUCUCUGUAUCUCUUUUAUUGCCACCGCCCUCUCCACCGCUCGCUUACUUACUGCACGUAUUCUUAGUCAACAGCCCUUCCUCCAUCUUGGUGCUCUCAUUUGCUGUGCGGUUGGGUUGAUUCGGUGUCGUGGAAAUCACCUUCGCAAUGUUUUCUGUGCUUCACAUACCUCCAAUCGUCUUCGUCAGGCCACUCUUUGUGCUUCGGUCGCCAUCACUCUCUCAACUCUUGCUUCUCUUCCUGCUCCAACUUCCGCCGCUGCUGCAAUGUUGAACUCAGACAUUGCGUAUCUUGACGUGUGGCUUCUUCUGGCUCUCACACUCUGUGUCCAAGUCUUUCUUCCCGGUGGUCGAGCACGGCACCUCGUUUGUGCAGUUAUUGCAUUGGCUCAUGCAGUUAUAGUGAUUGUCAUGAGGUUCACUUCUAAUAAUGCUACAAUUCCCAACGGUGGUGAAUGCUUCUUGUGCUGGAAUUCAUAUGACAUUCGAUUUUGGCGCAAGGCAGGUGAAACUUGUUAUACGUGA